AUGUCUACAAGAGUUAGCACAAGAUCUCAGUCUAGAUCCAAGUCGGCCACAACUUUGGCCACAACUUCUGCCUAUUUCGCCACAAAGGCAUCAAAUGAGUCAAAGACACCACCGAUUGUCACAAGCAAACCAAAGCGAAGACAACCGCAAAAGAAACUGAAGUCUGAAUCGCAAGAGUUGGACACAAAGUCUUCAGACGAGUCGUCCGAAGAGUCUGAAGCGAAGGCUUCAAAGAAGUUGUCAAAGGAGUCGUCAAAGAAGUCGUCAAACCCUGUGUUUGAGCCCAAGAAUUGGAAAGAAAUAUUGGAAAACAUCCGUAAAAUGCGAGACAAAAGGGAUGCAGUGGUGGACAGUAUGGGCGCUGAGAAGACAUUUGAUGAAAGUGAAGGCAACCCUAAAGACAAACGUUUCCAAGUGUUGGUGUCUCUCAUGCUUUCGAGUCAAACCAGAGAUGAGAUGACAUAUAAGACAAUGCAAUCGCUUCGAGAGUACGGACUGACUGUCAGUCAUAUCAUCGACACGAGUGAAGAGGAUCUCUCGGAAAUGAUUCGUUCCGUCAGUUUCUAUCGAAAUAAGACUAAAUUCAUUAAACAAACGGCUCUUAUACUAAGGGAUCAGUUUGACGGCGAUAUCCCGUCAACAGUGGAGGGACUGUUGAGUCUGCCGGGCGUCGGGCCUAAGAUGACUCACUUGGCUAUGAAGAUAGCUUGGGAUCAAUUGACUGGCAUUGCGGUCGACACUCAUGUCCAUCGUAUCUGCAAUCGACUCAAAUGGACGGAUACUAAAAGUCCGGAACAAACAGAGAAACAAUUGGAGCAGUGGUUACCCAAAGAUCACUGGGAAGACUUCAACCUCUUGGUGGUUGGAUUCGGACAAACCAUUUGCUCUGCAGUUAAGCCUAAAUGUGGCCAAUGUUUGAACCAAAAGUUAUGUCCGUUUUUCAAGUCACAGAAACAAGGCACGUGCCUCUCGUACAGCGCGUGUCGCGUGCGGUCCGUACUCGAGAGGGAACAGACAUUGACUGCACGCGCUGUCACUUACACGAAGAGAAGCGGAACCAUUAGUGAGGAGAUGUUAGAACUCAUCGCUAACUCUAUGAUCGAUGAGAAGACACAUCUCGUGACCAGUGAUCGGUUAAGACCGCGAUUUUGGUCACAACCUAUGGUUUUAUCGGUGCAGCUGAGAGACUACUGGGGAAACACAGAAUCAGGUGGUAGUCGAGUGCGGUUCCCCUGUUUAGGCAUUAGUUUGCGAGACCCCUCUCAUACCAACUGUCUGGGGGUCUGGAGAUCAUUGCAUAGCGAAAGGCAGAGCGCGUGUCGCGUGUUGUACUGCUCGCUCUGCCCUCAGACAGCUGUUCAAUUAAGGGUAUUGUACUCUAUCGCACAUUUCUAUGACCGCUCCAUCAGCCAGACUAACACUGGCGGGGGUGAGCCCAUGCCCUACCAGUACUUUACACUCUAG